GUGUGGCGGCGUUGAAGUCGCCUGUCGCACGCGGCUGCUCCUCCAUUUCAUCCCCGUUUAUCGACAGUUGUUGGGUGGUUGUCACUUUUCCUAAAACUAAAUAUUUCCUUGCAGUUUUUCAAAAUCAAUUUCAAGAAGAUAACUUCUGUUUCAAGAAAUGCCAGAUAUCACACACGAAGUAAAGUCCAGCUGGGCAGAUGAAGUCGAGGAAGAAGGAGGAGCGCUACCACCUCCAUCAGAAGUUUAUGAAAAUGGCUUCAAAAUUCUCACAGAAUAUAAAUAUAAUGAUGACAACAAGAAAGUCAAAGUAGUGCGUACUUAUAAAAUUGAACGGCGCAUCGUCUCAAAAACGAUUGCCGCACGUAAGGCCUGGAGCAAAUUUGGAGAUUCGGCUGACGAUAGACCUGGUCCCAAUCCUGCUACCACUGUUGGAGCAGAAGAUGUUUUCAUGCAGUUCAUUUCUAAUAAAGAAGAGGAGAAUAAGGUUGAGGACGACUCCCUUGACAAGCUUAAAAGCAUGGGUGACAAGGGUGUUGUUAAGUGUCGUAAUUGUAAUGGAGAUCAUUGGACCUCGAAAUGUCCCUACAAGGAUACUGUUCUUGCUGGUGGAAAAGUGCCAGAUGAUAAGAAACCUCUAUUAGGUCCUGGAGUACCUAGUGCAAUUACUGAACUUGGAAAACCUCAAGGUAGCAAAUAUGUGCCACCCAGUAUGCGAGACGGAGGAAACAAACGUGGUGAUUCAAUGCAAAUGCAGCGUCGCGAUGACACCACUGCAAUUCGAAUAUCCAAUUUGUCAGAGAGCACCUCAGAUGCUGACUUGGAAGAACUUGUCAAACCUUUUGGUCUUAUUCAGAAGCUUUAUCUUGCAAAAGAUAAACAAACCAACUUAUGUAAGGGUUUCGCUUAUGUACACUUCAAGUUCCGAGCUGAAGCUGCCAAGGCCAUCAGCACGCUUAACGGCUAUGGGUAUGAUCAUCUUAUUCUUAAUGUUGAUUGGUCGAAGCCUCCUGCCCAAAACAAUUAAGUUGUAAGAUAUCUCAUGGAAUAAUAUUGGAUUGUCGACUUCAUGAAUGAAGAUCUUGUACAUCAGGUGACAUUGUAUGAAUAAAGAAAAUAUUGCAAAUGAA